AUGAAAACAUACAAUCGAAAACAUCGACCAGUAAAAAAAGAUUCGACAACGAUGCAAAUUCAAAUUUAUCUGUUAAUUGGACAUAUUGAAAAAGUGGAUGAAGAAGAGCAAACGAUGUUACUUCAUGGAUUAUUGUGGACAUCGUGGACCGAUGAAUAUUUAAAAUGGGAUCCUAGCAAAUAUAAUAAUACAAGACGAAUCGCAAUUGAAAGUUGGAAAAUUUGGCAACCUGCUCUUUCGCUUUAUAAUAGUGCACGUGGUAAUAGCUGGUAUUUGCAUAUGGGUGGCUUACCAGCAUCAGUAAGCAAUGAUGGCAAAGUUUGGGCAUCUGGUUCUUUCAGCUUUCACGUGACAUGCUUAUUUGAUUUUACUAAUUACCCAUACGAUGAACAGGAGUGUCCUAUUGUGAUUGCUGACUGGGUAUAUGAUCUUUCUAAGGUGAAUUUAUCAGAUCCAUCUGGAAAUGCAAGUUUGAAUAAACCAGCAAUCAAACUUAGUUAUGAUCCGCUCGAUAAUACAAACAUGAAACGUCAUGUUGCAGGCUGUUGGGAAGUGAAAGAUACGUGGCGUCGUCAGUGUUAUUGGGGACCAACAGGUUGUCGGGAUGAGUCACCAGACAGUCAGCCUGAAUGGUUUUGGUCAUUGAUUGAAUUUGGUGUUCGAAUUAAGCGCAGAGUACCGUAUUUUGCUUUAACAGUUAUCGUACCUACCAUAACCACCUGUUUUCUAACUUUAAUGGUCUUUUGGAUUGACACAAUGUCCUUAGCAAUUGCUACAACAGUAAUGAAUGUACUCUUACAAGGAUUGUAUAGUUGGGAAUUUAUUAAAAAUUUACCACCUGGCAGUGGUGGCGUACCAAAAAUAGUGUCAUUUUAUGGUAUGAAUUUAUCGCUGACAGGAAUAACAUUUAUGCUACAUGUUAUUAUCGCUUAUUUGGUUUACAUUUUACCUGAAAAUUUGGAAUUACCAUUUCAGUUAACUGAUAUAACGGAACGAUUGAAGCAGCUGAGACCAUUCAAAGUUAAAGGAUUUUCAUUCGAUCCACAAAAAUAA